UAUUUUCUUCAUACAGGGAGGCAAAUAAACAACAUGUUCGGUGUCAGAAGUGUUUAGAGUUUGGACACUGGACGUAUGAGUGCACUGGUAAACGAAAAUACCUUCACAGGCCAUCAAGGACAACAGAAAUGAAAAAGAAACUGAAAGAAAAUGAAAAUAAACAGGUCAACACCACAGGGUAAGUCAACCACAAGUAUUUAUUUGUUUUGGGUGAGUGCUGUCUUGCUAAGUCAGCUUGACAGUAGAUCACUUUUGAGUUCUGAAGAUGUUUUUAACACUGGAAAGUCACCUUGGUUGUGUCUAUUAGGGAGAUUGUUUUGGUCCUCUGUAGCUCAAUUGGUAGAGCAUGUCGCUUGUAACGCCAGGGUAGUGGGUUCGAUCCCCGGGACCACCCAUACGUAAAAAUGUAUGCGCACAUGACUGUAAGUCGCUUUGGAUAAAAUCGUCUGCUAAAUGGCAUAUUUACAUUUACAUUUUUAGUCAUUUAGCAGACGCUCUUAUCCAGAGCGACUUACAUGAGCAAUUAGGGUUAAGUGCCUUGCUCAAGGGCACAUCGACAGAUUUUUCACCUAGUCGGCUCGGGGAUUAGAACCAGCGACCUUUCGGUUACUGGCACAAUGCUCUUAACCACUAAGCUACCUGCUGCACUAUAGUAAAACGGAGAGGUAGGCCUACUACCUGAGCAUAUCCAAUAAGAAACACUGAUUUUCAUUUUCUAUUGCAGAACAUUUACCCUAAUGAACGUGACCCUGGUGUAUACCAUUUGAUGUCAGUUCAACUUUUGAAUAGGCUGAAUAGUCAUAAUUUUGAAGACUUCAAAUCAGUAUUUUAGGGGUACAAUGUACUGUAAUAGCCUGCCUGAGUUUACAGGAAUGGUUUGCUACACGGAUACAGCUGUAAUUAGUCUGUGACAGUAUUUACAAGGCUAGUGGUAGCUUAGCUUAGUGGGGCGGCAGGUAGCUUAGUGGUUAAGAGCGUUGUGCCAGUAACCGAAAGGUCGCUGGUUCUAAUCCCCGAGCCGACUAGGUGAAAAAUCUGUCUGUGCCCUUGAGCAAGGCACUUAACCCUAAUUGCUCCUGUAAGUCGCUCUGGAUAAGAGCGUCUGCUAAAUGUAAAUGUAGUACUCUAACCCAACUUCAUAAUUGUCUAGUACUGCCAUCUAGAGGAUAUACAGUAGAACUCCUCAUUUGGGAGUUAAUUUCCUCUGUAUAGUGAUUCAAUACAUUUACAUUUACGUAAUUUAGCAGACGCUCUUAUCAAGAGCGACUUACAGUUAAAUGGUGCAUACAUUUUUCAUAGUGUUACCGAGUUUCUUUUCACUUUUAAUUUCCCCUGGUUGGUUUUGAAUAAUCUUAGGAAUAUAGGCAUGUUGUUACUAACUAUUAUUUUUUAUUUAUUUUUAACUAUCUUAAUCUAUAUUCACUAUUCAGACCAGGAAAGGAAAGCUCCAAUGAGAAAAAAACAAAGAAGAAAAGGUAACUGUCACAGCGUCACUUUUUAGCUCUAACCCCCAUAAAAUGGUUCAAACAUUAUGAUGGUUGCAGAUAGAACUCAAAUGGCUAGAGCAUAGUCCAUACACCUUUCUAUUAUAUGCAAUAGAGAUCUAGGCUAUGCCUGCACUAUGCCUUCUGCAAUGUACUCACUAUUCUGCUUAUGUAAUAAUGGUUUUGUAUAUUGUGCCACUUGCUUUCAGGUCAAGGGAUGCAAGUAGUAGUAGUAGUAGUAGCAGCAGCGAUUCUUCAAGUGACUCAUCGUCUGACAGUAGUGACUCCUCAAGCUCUUCGUCGGACGACAGUGACAGCAGUAGUGACAGUGCUGACAGCUCUAGCUCCUCUUCCUCCAGCAGUUCAAGCAGCUCGGCCUCUGAUUCAUCAAAAGGCAGUGACUCAGAUCAAGGUCCUCCCAAGAAGAAAAAGAAAAAGAAAUGAAGAAGAUUGAGCUGUAUUCUGUUCCACCAUGACAUUAACCUGAGCUCCACUCUGAGCCUGUAGCUGUUCAGGAGCUGUCUUACAAAGUAUACGGUGUAAAUUGUAAUUAACGAGCAUUAGGUUUGGGUAGGUUACUUUCUAAAUGU